AUGGAACUUCCUCAACCUUUACCUCCUAUUCUCAUCACCGUCUAUGCUAUUCAUGACUUUCAAGCAGAAAAUCCUGAUGAACUCUCAUUCUCAGCUGGUGAACCAAUCGAUGUCACUGAGAAAGAUGAUCAGUAUGGUGAUGGUUGGUGGCAGGGUCGCAAUACCAAGGGUGCAUAUGGCUUGUUUCCACAAGCUUAUACAUCUCCUCAACCUACUUUACCUAUCAAUUCAGAUGGUCAACCUACUAUGAAUGAAACUCUCUUUGAUGUUCAAAAGGCAAUCGAUUCAAUACAUCAUCCACCUUCUUCUACCGUCUCAUUAACCAAUGGGAUCCCUUCUUCACUUCUAACUGAACAUCCUAGCUCAACUCAUCUCAAUCCUGAACAUUCAGAUGAUGAUGAUGAUCGUACUCGAUCAGAGCAUCAUCUCACCUGGGAUGCUCAUAACGGUGGCGCUGCUAAAGCCAGAACUGCAUUGGCUGAAAAAGCAAGGGCUGAUGCUCUCGCUCAUCAAUCCGUCAUGGAUCGAUUGAAAUCAGCUUCAAAUACGCUUUACUCUCAUCCUGGCUCAGCUUCUAGCUCGCGUAUCAGUAUACCUGAACUAAACGAAAUCGACCUAUCAGAAGAGAGUGGAGAUGAUGAAGACGAUCGGAUGGGUUACGCUUUACGUGCUCAACAUCAGUUCCAAGGCCCUAGUCGUUCAAAGAAUCAAAACGAUCAUGGUGAUCCUUCUCAGUCCUCAAGUCUUCCUGGUACACCUGAUCCUCGGGAUAAGCUAGUCGUAGCUACGCAAAAAUUGGGCCUCGAUGGCGACCAUGAAUCCUCUCGUUUCGCUUCCGGCCCUUUCUCAGCUGCAGCCAUCGCUUUGGGAUUAGCACACUCUCCAGUGACCUCCUCUAAAUCAACCUCCUCGCCAAAUCACGCUCGGAAUCAUUCUGUGCCUUAUCACACUCACAAACCCGGCCAAUUGUCUUCGUCAAGCGUUCUUAGUGAUCUCAGCGCUGGUGCACGUGCCGCGAUCAGUGCGGCAUCCCCUCCGAUUGCAUCGACCCUUCGAAUGAGUAGAGAAUUUUCUCAGCUGACCUACCAAGUCCCAUCAACCGAUCGAAUCAAUUCGGACUCUCCAAUACUCUCUAAUCAUGACUCAGCCACUUCACAAAGCCGAUCUCCUGCAAGUCAAGACAAGACACCCACCCCCGUCUUCACUUCCACCUUUCCAGAUCCACAACCACCUCCCACAUCUGCCCCUCUCGCCUCGCCUGGCUCUACUCAAGAAUAUCUAAAGAGUCCAACAGGUCUCAUGCCAGGUUCUUCUGACCCUGUCGAGCAUUCUCACGGCCGCCAACGAUCUGCCAGCAGUGUAGGCAGCGGUAUCUUCUUUCGUCAGCAAGCUUCAUCUCCUCUUCGGCCUCAUUCGCCGGCUAACUCAGCUGCCCCUAUCACCUCGACCAAUAUCAAUACUUCCAACUCAACAGCUGAUUCGUCCUCAGUCCAAGGAUCUAGAUCACGAUCAAGCAGUAGACUGGCUGCUAUUGAAGACCAACUCGCCAGUCCCGCUACCAGUACUUUUCCGUCUGUUACAGGUAAACAUCAAAUUGGUGCCGAGUCUUUCUCUUCGAUUGUGAAUGGAACAGGCGUGAAAUCUACUUUUAUGGACCCAAGAGAGUGGACAGUGACUAAUGUGAUGGAAUGGGGUAAGACAAAAGGUCUAGAUGAAGUUACAAUCUCAAAGUUUUCGGAACAUGAAAUUACUGGUGAUGUGUUAUUAGAAUUGGAUAUGAACUCCUUGAAGGAGAUUGAUCUCGUCGCCUUUGGUAGAAGGGUGAAGGUCACAAAGGCUAUUGAAGAAUUACGAAAGGCACUUCAAGCAUCCCAACAGGGAAUCUCUUCUUCGUCACCCAAUCCCGAUUCAAUCAAAUCAUCAUCUCCACAGUUCGACGCUGUACAAGGUGUCCAAAACACGCGUUCAAAUUCGUACACUCAUCGUCGAUCAGAAUCUACUUCAGAAUCUACUCGACCAGGCAGGGGGUUCGUUACGCCUGAUAUGGCUGAUCCCAUGUCCCCUGUUCCCAAUCAAAGGGUCAUGAUUUCCUCCAAUCUUGAAGAUAUCGUUGAUCAUGAAUAUGAGUCGGCCAAGCCUCUUUCAGUCAGAUCCGGGCCGCAACAUUCACUGCCAGGCAUUCUAACCGAUCUCAAGAAACCCGCCGCGAUUUCAUUCUCUGGCCUCAAUCAUAGACCAGAAGCUGACGUGGACACUAGUUUGACCGGUGAUUCUCCUCCAAAUUGGCAACAUACUAGACAACGGGAUGUUGCUCCUGGUAGCAUUGAGUAUCCUCGAAGACCACAUUCUGCUCACUUUUAUAGAGAGGCAGAAGACGCCGGUCUCUCGCCUGAUAAACUAGCCGAAAAGGCUGAAUUACAUGAUAAUUUCAACCCUACACCGUUGGUCCUACAUGAGGAGAGUGCUAAUACGAAAAAGUCGAGGAAGAAUCUAGCCAAACAAGCCAAACAACAGCGACCUGGUACAGCUAAUUCGAUCUUGAGUAAAAAGCCGUUCUCGAUUGGUGAGACAUCGACCGACCCGCCCUCUAGUCCUGAGCGCUCUUCUUCUGGACGACCUAGCGGUGAAGGUAAAUCGAGGAGCAGCUUCUUAGGCAAUCUACGAGGACGUAAACCACCACCUCAAUUGACCACCUCCGGAUCACCAUCCCAUCCUUCUCCGCCCCAGAAACUCGCCUCACCCGUCUCGGCGACAAGUCAUCCGGACGGUGUUGGGAAUAAAUCAAGAGGAAUCUUCAACUUUGGUCAUCAUCAUCAACAAGCACAACAGAUUCAACAUCUUACACCGAUCUUACAAGAUUCAAAUUCCAAAGAAUCCUUACCCAAAUUCUCUGCUGAUGAUAAACGUAAUGGUAAUACUAAGACUGCAGCAGAGAGGAUAGGUACACCUGAUCAUAUUGGUUGGAUGAGGAAGAAAGGAGAAAAGUAUCCUACCUGGAAAAUGAGAUAUUUCAUACUGAAAAAUUCUAACCUGUACUAUCUUAAAUCUGAGAACGAGGUCAGGAUUAAAGGAUUGAUUAAAUUAGGUGGUUACAAAGUCGUGAUGGAUGAUGAUGUGAAUCCGGGUCGAUAUGGAUUUAAAAUUAUUCAUGAUGACGGAUCGAGUCAUGCUUUUAGUGCUGAUGAUUCAAAAUUGUUACGUGAUUGGAUGAAGGCCAUGAUGAAGGCUACCAUCGAUAGGGACUGGCUUGCACCGGUGAUCUCUUCAUGUAACAUUCCUACUAUGCCAAUUUCCGAAGCCCAAAAGAUGUUUCCACCUCCAAGACCGCCAUCGCCUGCAUCUAGAGCUCGAGCUCAGAAAGCUAGAUUAGCGGCCAAUCCUGAGAUAUUAAAUACCAAAGAUCCUGCAAUGUUGAUGAACUUGCAACGACUUCAACAGCAGCCACAACAGCCACAACAGCCACAACAGCCACAACAACAACGACCCAUCAGUCCACCCGAGUCACUUCGACCCAAGAGGAGUAUUCAUAGGAAAAAGCCUAAUCUUGCAGGUUUGAGUUCACCACCAGAACCAGCAUUAUUCAAACCGACCGUUGCAGAUCAAACAUUGAUGAAUUGGAUCAAUACAACCUUGAGUCGAUCAUCCAUUACUAAUCAAAGGAUUCAAGAUUUCUCUGGAUCACUUCGAUCGGGAUUAGUGAUUGUGAGAUUGAUUGAAAGUUUAACGGAUGUACCGAGUGGAAUUGAUUUUGAUCAUUAUACGGGUGGUGAUCGAAUGGAUCUUUAUUUUGGAGUGUUUGAUUAUUUAAAUUCACAAAGGAUUCCGCUUGAUGGGUAUGCUUUGAAUGAUAUGAUAUCUGGUGAUCCAGUGAAGAAUAGAGAAUUCUUGAGUAGAAUUUACACCAAGUUUAAUAGAAGUCGACCUGCUUUUGUGACUGCUGCUUUAUGAGAUGAUAUUGAAUUUGAAUGAAGAAAAAAAAAGUGAGAAAGAAGAGUUUAGAAGAGAGAAAAGAAGAACAAACUUGAUCGUUUCCUUUUGGGUUUGAAAAAAACAUUAAAUCUUAUUAUAUUUAGCUGUUUUUUUUGUUUCUAUUUAGUAUAUUAUUCGAUUCUGUUCUCUUACAUAUAUAUAUAUAUACACUUAUAUAUAAUCAUUAUUAUUAUUUUUCUGAACACUUUUUAUAUCUUAAUUUUUCUUUUUCCGUACCUCCUAUGUCUUUCCUUUUUCUUCAAUGUUGUGUACUUAAUCUUUCGUUUCUUUUGAAAAAUCCCUUUCUCUUAUUUUGUAACAUUUGUGAUAUGUUUGAUCUUUAAGAUGUGUGUGUGUGUGUGGUAAGUGAGUGUGUGGUACCCUUGAAUGUAGUGGGUUUGGAUUUCUGUGUGUUUUGUGUUAAAACUUAGAAACAAGACAUCAAUCG